AUGUUCGCUGCGCUUUUUUUGUUAUUUUUGAAUCUUCUGCCACGAGUUCACUCAGGAGGUGCCGAUAUUACUGAAUGUAAAUCUAGUACCGGUCCUGCUCGUCCUGUACCACCUCCAUCUGCUUGCAAAGACAAGGAUACAGCCAUCUGCACUGCUGUUUUUGCCCCACUCGGCGACGAUUUAGCAAAUAAUGCAAAUCCGGCUCAGCCUUUCAAAGUUAAUCCAUACUGUCUGAACGCAUCUCUUAAAGCAAAUGCUGAAGAAACAUGCCCGUCGUCCUGCGCAGUAUGCUGCUUAACACCUGCAUUUAAAUGCAACAAUGCCGCUGGCGCUGAUUGUACACCUUUUACUACUUUGCCUGAACUCUGCACAAACCCGCAAACGGCGCCAAUAGCAUUAGAGAGGUGCCCUAGUACGUGUGGGUUAUGCAACAGACCUGGAGCACUUGGUGGCUGUCCAGACCCACAACAACGGCCGCAUCGUCAUGCAUGGACACUCGAGCAAAUUGUGCGCAAAUGUCAUCGUUUUGCAAUAUAUCACCGUAUUCUACCGUUAUGA